AUGGGGGUGUUCCUCUUAUCUCAGACUGUGGUUGGGAUUCUGGGUAAUUUCUCUCUGCUCUACCAUUAUGUAUUCCUUUUCUGCAUGGGGAACAGAAUGAGAGGCACAGACUUGAUUCUUAUGCACUUAAUUGUGGCUAACUUCUUAAAUCUUCUGUGUAGGGGCAUUCCCCAAACCAUGGUGGCUUGGGGCUGGAGAUAUUUCCUCAGUGAUCUGGGGUGCAAACUGGUCUUCUAUCUUCACCGAGUGGGCAGGGGUAUGGCGAUUGGUAGCAUUUGCUUCCUGAGUGUCUUCCAGGCUGUCAGCAUCAGCCCCGGGGACUCCCGGUGUGCAUGGCUGAAGGGGAGAGCCCACAAGCACAUUGUCUCCAUGGUCUACCUCAGCUGGGGGGUCAGCCUCCUGGUGAACAUUACUUUCCUCAUAUACAUAACUGGACCUAAAACAGAUGAAAACAUGACUAUCGUAAAAGACUAUGGAUACUGUUCCUCCAUGCUUAAAAACCCAGCUGCAGAUGUACUGCUCAUAGUCUUGCUCUCAGUGGCUGAUGUUCUGGGCCUGGGGCUCAUGCUCUGGGCCAGCAUCUCCAUGCUCUUCGUCCUCUACACACACAAGCAGAGAAUGCAGCACAUCCAGAGGACCAGUGUCUCCUGCAGAGCCUCUCCUGAGUCCAGAGCUACCAAAAACAUCCUUCUCCUCGUGAGCACCUUUGUGUCCUUUUAUACCUGGUCCUGCAUCUGUCAGAUCUACAUGGCUAUGACUUACAACCCCAGCCCUGUGCUGCACCAUAUGGCCGCUUUUGCUAUGGGCUGUUUCCCAGCUGUCAGCCCUUUUCUGCUCAUGAGUGGUCGCUCCACUCCCUACAGCCUGUGCUUUGCCUGCAGGAGGAGGAGGAAAGUGGUCCUCCCCUGAGGAACACACAAAGCUUGCAUUUCUGUGUGAAGUUUUCUUCGCCAUUCAGGAAUCCCCACACCUUGAUAAAAGUCAUCUGAUAAGAGAUGGUGGUAUGUUCACACCUACACACCUGUGCCUGUGUGCACUCUAUUGUAUUUAUGUUCAUGUGUCCUACCUGCCUGUACUUUGAUGGCUCACGAAAUGUUAUGAGAAGUUGAAAUGUUUCAUUAUGAAAUAAUGCUUAUUCACUUUGUCAACUCCCACCACAUAUCUACUUCAGUAUAUGGUGGUUGUGUCACGUUACAAGAUAAACUUGUUAAACUCAGCUAACAGGUGUUUUCCUAAUUCCAUUUUGAGUCUUUCAGUUUUUCUUCUUUCAAAUUUAAGAUAGUUCCUUAUGAAAUAAAGCAAAUCAUCUCUGCAGCCAUUUCUGUUUAAGAGCAGAAUGCAGUUAGAAAGAAUAGAGUGGCUGGGUGAUUGUGGUUCAUAUCUGUCAUUCUAGUUCCUUAGGAGGUAAGAUCUAAGGAACACAGUUCAAAGCUUGCCUAGGACGGAAAGGCUAUGAGACAUUUAUCACUAAUAAAUUACUAAAAAAAGCCAAAAGUGGAACUAUGGCUCUAGUGGUAGUGUGCUAGCCUUGAAGCUAAGCAGCUCAGGGACAGAGUUCAUUCCCCAGGACUAGCACAAAGGUAAGAGAGAAAUAAAAAGAGGCAGAAAUGGGGAGCACAAGCCAGCCAGCAACAGCAAGGAAGAAGAAACAAAAAGAUGGAAGGGAGGGAGGAAGAAAGAAAGGAACCAAUGAAGAAAUG